UGCUUUGGUCACCCCUACACGUCGUUGUAGGCACCCUACAAAACUGUAGCCGUACACUAUGGAUCUUCUUGUUGAUACCAUGUCCGGAUACAGAGGUCAAAGUGCAGAGUUCGACCGGCGAUAUGCGCUGAAAGCGCUAGGCGCAUGUACGCAUACAAUGUAGCUAGAAUUCCAUUCGUGGCCCCGUGUCCCCUAUUCCGUAGUCAGUGGUUGUUGGUACACCAUUCGUAGAUCUAGAACAGGCUACAGUCCAAAGGUGUGACUCGUAAUGCAAGGCCUGCAGGAUCGAUUAUGGGCUGGGGAGAGACCAAAUCAGAACUAUCAGGAUCCUCUAAACGCCACUGCUCGAGCCGAGUGUGCCUCUUAGAAUUGUGAGACUGAUAACGCCACGUCGGCAGUUUUCACCUUGUUCUCGUCGAUGUAGUCCUCAUAGAUCAUAACCGAGUAAGUAUCGAGGCUAGUUACAACCAAAGAGUAUUGCUCUUACUUAGUCCUAUCGGAAGAACGUUGCGGAGUAACCAUAAUCACAAGAGCUCGUCUUCUGCUGCGAAGUCUGCUCCCUGAGUCCGUAUCAUACCGUGGAGGUGCUGUUUGUGUUGGACUCAUCAUGGCAACUCAAGCCUCUCAAGUAUUGCUGCUGACAAGCGCUCUCAUGCUGACAUGCUGGAGUGGAUUGAGCAUGGCAUUUGGGAACGGAAGUGCCAUUCCACAGAUUGCAUGCAGGACUAUGCUUCCGUUCCAUGAAGCUUGGUCGCAGGUCAAUGACCAAGGCUGCACGCUCGCAUUCAAUGGCAGCGUAGCAUUGGGAAAAUAUCAGAAACUGACGCUGAGCUGUGGUGGCAAACCGUUCAAGGGAUUUCUAGUCCAGUGCCGCACUGUGGACGAAGACAAUGAUGCACUGGGGCGGUUCUCGAAGGAGUCAAACACUCAACUUGUCAUGAAAAAUUGCCAUAAUGGCAAGGACAAUUGUGUUUCGCACAAGAAUGUGAAUCCUAAAACUUCUGUUGAGCUGAGAUGGACCCCUGGUAAAAGUGCUUGCGAAGAUGUUAUCCGGUGUCGCGCUACAGUUGUGUUUAGUACCAAGAAUUUCACAACGCAUGUCCGCGCUGCCCCUGCACGAUGCGCCAGUACAGCAAACAGCGACCAGUCACCAUCCGGCUGUGCUGCUAAUGAAGAGUACAGAGGCUGCGCUUGUGAUCCAACGUGCGACGGGUCGCCAACAGCUUGUCAGGAGUCGUGUCGCCCUGGCUGUUUCUGCAAGACUGGGUUCUUCCGACGCGGAGAACGCUGUGUCUCUAACUCACAGUGUCCAGUACCUACACCAGAGGUGGCUAAGACCAAUCCGCAAGCCAAUUACGGCACCGGAGUUACGUUCCACCUCCCAGCCUUUAAGCCUGGCUACUCAAGACAGCUGGUGGAGAUUGGACAACAGGGCUCGGCGGUGACUGUUGCGGUUCGACUCUCUUCUGAAGAUGUUGAAAACGGCUACGUGUCUGUAACGCCGGGUUAUCAUACCUACGGUUUCCAAUACGUCCGUGACAGCGACCGUCGUGAGUCACCUAUCGGUGCCACGUUCUCAGUGGGUACUCCACCUGCACAACAAACUCCAGUACCUACACCAGAGGUGGCUAAGACCAAUCCGCAAGCCAAUUACGGCACCGUAAUUACGUUCCACGUCCCAGCCGUUAAGCCUGGCUACUCAAGACAGCUGGUGGAGAUUGGACAACAGGGCUCGGCGGUGACUGUUGCGGUUCGACUCUCUUCUGAAGAUGUUGAAAACGGCUACGUGACUGUAAAGCCGGGUUAUCAUACCUACGGUUUCCAAUACGUCCGUGACAGCGACGGUCGUGAGUCACCUGUCGGUGCCACGUUCUCAGUGGGUACUCCACCUCCUACUAAUGCUGAUGCUAAUGCUGAUGCUAAUGCUGAUGCUAAUGCUGAUGCAAAUGCUGAUGAUUUCGGUGAUGAUUUCGGUGAUAAUCUUGAUGCUGUUUUUGGUGCUGAUACUGAUGCUGAUGCCACUGCUGACGAUGCUACUGCUGAAGAUGCUACUGCUGACGAUGCUACUGCUGAAGAUGCUACUGCUGAAGAUGCUACUGUCGCACAACAAGCUCCAGUAACUAUACCAGCUGCUGAUGCUGACGAUGAUAGUGAUGACUUUGAUGCUGACUUGGAUGCUGUUUUCGGUACUGAUGCUGAUGCUGAUACUGAUGCUGCUGAUUCUACACCAGCUGCUGAUGCUGACGAUGAUAGUGAUGACUUUGAUGCUGACUUGGAUGCUGUUUUCGGUACUGAUGCUGAUGCUGAUACUGAUGCUGCUGAUUCUACACCAGCUGCUGAUGCUGAUGCUGAUGUUAGUGAUGACUUUGAUGCUGACUUGGAUGCUGUUUUCGGUACUGAUGCUGAUGCUGAUACUGAUGCUGCUGAUUCUACACCAGCUGCUGAUGCUGACGAUGAUAGUGAUGACUUUGAUGCUGACUUGGAUGCUGUUUUCGGUACUGAUGCUGAUGCUGAUACUGAUGCUGCUGAUUCUACACCAGCUGUAGAACCCGAAAGCGUGGCGUGGAACGGUGAGUGCCCAGCACAGAGAGAAUGCGGUCAAUUCAAUAAGCUCGGCAGUGUGGCGGGUCAGUGCUGCCCAUCGUGCAGCAGGAACAUCUCUCAGUGUGCCGGCACACAAUGCCCACCUAUCCGUGGCUGUAUAAGAUACGACAAUAGCGUGCGGCCGGGUCAGUGCUGCCUGAGAUGCAGACGCCGCAGAACCAAAAUCAAUAACAGCCCAAAUGCUGUCUGCGCUGAUGUGAUCUGCGCAAAGGGAAUGACGUGUGCCAACAAGCAUGGCAGAGCUGUGUGCGUAUGCAAGACUUGUCCAGAUGCAAAGACACAAGAGACUCCAGUGAAGGGCAAUGAUGGCACGACCUACGCUAGCGCGUGCCAUCUCAAGAGGGCACAGUGCAUGGCAUGCAGCAACCUUUAACAAGUGAAGAAUUUGUAUUUCACUGCCGAUCCUUUCUCAUGCAUUUGCCGAUCUUUUUUUUUUUUUUUUUUUUUUGUCUCCCAACGUUCCCCGGCCCUGCAAUGAUUCAGAACCUCCUUCUUUCCCCUUCAUCCCCAUUUGAAGAGUAUGUACUUUUGCACAGUAUUCAUAAAAGUCUAUGAUAUUCUUAUGCAGAUUGAGAUUAGUGAUUUCCUAUGUGAAGAGUUUACUUGCAAAUGGGAAUUACUUACUAGUAC